CGGUAUUGUUGGGACUGCCUUGGGCAAUGGCGGUAGGUGCCCGCUUGCAUUUCGAUUCCAAACAGUUGGUGCUCAUACAAACAGGAGGAAAGCCUCAGACCCGAACAAUAAAAAGGAAUCCUAACCCUGCUCGGAUAGGAAUGAUUCAAAGUCCUGAUCACGAUGACUUUUCAUCCCCGGAUAACCGUAGCGGAUUCGAAGAACAGGAGUGCGAAGAAGAGAUGCCUAGCGAGAGUGAAUGGAAGCACUUGGUCGAACUUUUCGAGCACGAAACCCCCGAGGAGUUUCGGAUGGUUCCCAGAGCCGCCCGAACCUUCCACUUGAGUCUGGAAGACAGCGCGCUCGCGCCUAUGGAAACCCAGGUGACGUGGACACGGACCAGUGAGCAUCCUGCGUACAUCGAAUACCUGGAGUUGUUGAUCCUACAGGCUUGGAGAACGGAUGUGGAAGGCGAUCUUCUCGGUUUCCUCUUCGGAUCGGUGCGGCCAGGCCAUCGCCAACCAAUUACUCAAGAACUCGUCGUCCCGCUCGCGCAACUGGCUGAUGAUCUCUCCCUCGACAUCGUUUCGCAAAGCGACGAUAGCCCCGCUUCGCAUGUCAUCACGCGGACAUUAGCACCGUAUCUUCAGUGGACUGCUUGCUUGGAAGAACCUGGGAGUGACAGCACUUUGCCAUCGCGGCAGGAGUACUUGAAGCCGUACGGAAUCAUUGAUCGUGCCUUCUAUCCGAAGGAAGAACCUGAGGAGGCGCUUGAGGGAGAAGAAGAAGCCACUGAAGACGAGGGCGACGCCGACGAAGAAACAUCGGAGGAGGGAAGUUAUAGUGAGUACAGCGAAGGGGAGCAAAGCGAAGAAGAGGAGGAGGUAGAAGAAGAAGAAGAUGAAGAGGAGGAAUCCGGAUCAGAGUAGGAGGACUUGCCGAAAAAGGCGGCGCGCACAGGCACGGAGGCGGAAGACCCCGAAGUGGCACGUAGAAGGGAAGAGAUCGCCGCUGGGAAAAGCCAGCUGGAAUUCGCCAGCGGGGCGAG